GUAAAAAAACUGAUCCAAUACCCUUGGGAAUUACGUAUUAGUUGUUCACUUCAUUCCCUUGAUCAUCGCUUCAUGAUCAUCUCUCGAGUACCAUUGGGUGUCCAUUUUCAGCUGUUAAUUUUGUGAGGAUCGUUUUGAUUUGGGGUAGAAAGAUGAGGAAUUUUCCAGGGACACCCGGCACUUUUCUUGGGUUGUUUCUUCGGAUGGCACAGUUCACUUUUGCUGCUGGGUCUGUUGCUUCCAUGAUUACCACAACUAGGUUCUUUAAUUUGACUGCUUUUUGUUAUUCUGGCGGUUUCCAGCUGUACCUCGACUCUCUCUCGACUUCCAUGUUUUUCUCUCGGGUAGACUUGGGUUAUUUGAGGUUAACCACUCACCUGAUUACUUUAAUGGGUUUACAAUUCAUUUGGAGUUUUACGCUUGCAUUAGUGGAUGCAUAUGCUUUGGUGAAAAAGAUUUUCCCCUUUAACCCUAUACUGGUUUGCCGCAUUGCAGUUGGAGACUGGGUAACAGCAAUACUAUCUCUAUCUGCAGCUUCUGCCUCAGCUGCCAUUACAGUUUUGUACUUCCAUGAUGUGGGACACUGCCAUUUAGGACAUGAGUGUCAUAAGUACCAGAUUUCUGUUGCUUUGGCGUUCAUGAGCUGGAUAUCAACUUCUAUAUCUGCUCUAAUUAUGCUUUGGCUUGUAGCAUCAGAGUAGCUGCCUCUAUUCACCAAUUCUCACCGCCAAAGUUCAUUGAAUAUCCUUUUGAUGUGUAAAUAGCAAAGUAUAUAGAGCAGAGCUUUGCAUUCAAAUGUAAAUUUCAUUUCUUCAUUUCAACUAGAAUUGGGAUAGCUGCAGAUUGCACAAAGUCACUAACAAUUAAAGAUGAACAUGCAGAGGAAGAAUUCAGGAAUAAAACUCCUUAGCAACUAUACUCGAGCACUUGUUAAUUUUUACAUUUUGAGAGAAAAACUCCUCAAAUAAUGGUUUAA